GCCCAUGCAGUUAUAGGUAAGACUUUAGCAAGGUAACUGAAUUAUGAGGCUUAUCGUUAACCUGCUGUUGGGAGGCAGGGUCUGCUCAGUAACCUGGGCAUGGCUGGGCUUUGUCGUUCCUGGCUCUCUGCUUCCUGCUCUCCAUUUCUGAGCAGCUCACCCCACUGUGAUCCUUGCCAUCCUGCCUGGAGUAGCAGCUCUGGACUGAAAUCUACAAGUUUCGGAGUGAAAGUGACAGGAGGACCGUUCUGAUGGCAGCCCUGUGAUUGAGGCUGUGUGAAGUCGGGCCCGUAGAUCCCGUCAGCUGUGUCUGGGUGAAUUCAGAAUGAACAGCGGACUUUUGAAUGGUAGAAUUGUGAGAAUAUGAAGCCAUUGCAAAGCAGACCUUAACUGAUUGUCAUCUACUCUUCAAAAAAAGCCUGACACUUCAUUUUGUCAAAUUUGUAACAAAAAAUGUUUGCCAAAGAGGAAAAAAGAUCCUACUCUACCCAGAGAUGGGGCAUCAACUGUGGUAGAAAGUGUGACUGAGCUGAACAUAAGACUUGGCAGAUUCUCAUCAUGAACCGUGCAUUUAGCAGGAAGAAAGACAAAACAUGGAUGCAUACACCUGAAGCUUUAUCAAAACAUUACAUUCCCUAUAACGCCAAGUUUCUUGGCAGCACAGAAGUGGAGCAGCCAAAAGGGACAGAAGUUGUGCGAGAUGCGGUGCGGAAGCUAAAGUUUGCAAGACACAUCAAGAAAUCUGAAGGCCAGAAAAUUCCUAAAGUUGAACUGCAAAUAUCAAUUUAUGGAGUAAAAAUCCUAGAACCCAAAACAAAGGAAGUCCAGCACAAUUGCCAGCUUCAUAGAAUAUCAUUUUGUGCAGAUGAUAAAACCGACAAAAGGAUAUUCACUUUCAUAUGCAAAGAUUCCGAGUCAAAUAAACAUUUGUGCUAUGUAUUUGACAGCGAAAAGUGUGCUGAAGAGAUAACUUUAACCAUUGGCCAAGCAUUUGACCUGGCAUACAGGAAAUUUCUAGAAUCUGGAGGCAAAGAUGUUGAAACAAGAAAACAGAUUGCAGGGCUACAAAAAAGAAACUUAGUGUUCUCAUGUGACUUUGCUUCACUUCCCGAUGCUUCUCAUGGGGAUCAGAGCAGCAGAAGCAGCAGAUUCUGGAUCCAAGACCUAGAAACAGAAAACAUGGAACUUAAAAAUAAAGUACAAGAUUUGGAAAACCAAUUAAGAAUAACUCAAGUAUCAACAUCCCCACCGCAGCACAGAAUAUCUGCUCAUGAGCCACAUGGGUUUCCGAGAUGCUCUUCUUCUCUCUGGCGUAGUAGUGCUGAUUCACCUCCCUCUCUAAAUGUGUCUUCCAUUUCUGUCACUCCUAUCACCUCGCCUGAUUCCAGACUGAGACUGUUAAUACCACCGCCUUCUAAAAAUGGCCUUCCCAAGCCUGUCAGUAAGAAGAGCAUUCCAAGACCUCAUGCAGGCAGUGUGGCACCUCGGUCACCCUCCACUGACGUCUUCGAUAUGAUUCCAUUCUCUCCAGUUUCAGACCAGUGUUCAGUACCUACUCGCAACGGCACACAGCCACCCCCAGUACCUAGUAGAUCUACAGAAAUUAAACGGGACCUGUUUGGAGCUGAACCUUUUGAUCCAUUUAACUGUGGAGCAGGGGAUUUCCCUCCAGAUAUUCAAUCAAAAUUAGAUGAAAUGCAGGAGGGGUUCAAAAUGGGACUAACUCUUGAAGGCACAGUAUUUUGUCUCGACCCAUUAGACAGCAGGUGCUGAUGUCGGCAAGGAGAGAGGUCUCCUUGAGUUCUACUUGUUUAUAUCCGUAUCUAUAGUGCAUUAUUACUUUGAGAAAGGUAUUAUAAAUGUGCCAAUAUAUUUUGAACAUCUUAGCAUAUUUUGAAAACUAUUGCUGUAAAAUUUCUUCACAGUGUUGAUCUGCACCUCUUACUUCAAAAGCAACUUAGAGUAAUGUUACUUUUACAUUUCUUCUUGUUUCUGUUGUGAACAAAUUUGUAAUUGAAACACAAAUCAUCCCAAUAAUCUGCCUAGCUUGUGGUCUAAAUAAUUAGCAUCUUGAAAUUUGAGUUCAUUCUUCAUGAUGCUAAUUUACUUCUCAUGUCCCAAAAGCCAGACCUUAAAUGGUCACUUUUAAAAUUCUGAAGAUAUAUACCAAUGUUCUAUUUUCAAACCAAUAAAAAUAUUACCAUUCAAUGGAUAGAUGUCAUUUUAUAUAUAAAAUGCUGUCCACAUCAUUAGGAAAGUGUUGACUUUGAAUUCCAUGCCUCCUCUCCACUAAUAUUUAGCUGAUAAAAUAAAUACAUAAAUUCCAAUAAUAAUUAAAUCAAAUAUAUUUAGAAUAUAAGAUAAUAAGCAAAUACAAGGUAAUAAUAUUAUGUUAUUAAAAAUUAGUCUGUAAAUUAUUUGUUUUAUAAAUAAUGACUGGAAAACAAUACAAAUUUACCAUUAGUAAAAUUCUUAAAAUCUCAUUUCUAAUGCAUAGUAAACAUCACUAUAAAUUCUAAGCAUUAUCUGAACUGAUACUCCUUUAAAUGUAUUUGAAAUAUGUGCUGUGUAUAAGUACAAGGCCUAUUAUGCCCACUUACUUCUCAUAAUAUGGAAUAUUUUCAUAGUCUCCUUUAAGAAAGAUAUUUUUUUCUCACCAAAGUUUAUUUUGUGAUGCCCCACUGGUUUUGAUACUUUAAAAUGUAUGGCAGUGAAGUAUCAAAGUAUUUAGCAAUAUGAUCUAUUUCUUUUGUUGAAGUCAAAUUUCGUUUUUCACAAAAUUCAAGUUUCUGCUUAGCUUCAUCUUAAAGUGAGCAGUGAAAUUCCUUGGCACCUUAUUCUUGACGUGCCAAUGGAAGCUGAUGGACCUCUAAAGACAUUUGUCACCUGUACCUUUGUCCACUAUUUAACAGAAUAACAGCAACAGUGCGACAAAAUUUUAUAGUCAGCAUUUCUAAUGUGAUUUAUCAGUUGAAAAGCAAAAUGAACUAUGAAAACGUGGGCUUAGUUAGGAUGUAGCCAUCAAAAAUGAAUAAAUAGAUUAUUUUACUCAUGGAAGUUUUCUUCAAGUUCUGAAGGUACAUUUUCACUAGGAAAACAAAUCACAUAUGCUCAUGCAAUAUUAUAUUUGUGUGUAUCUCUGUAAUGUUCUAUGGUAUAUGCAAGCCUUCUUGUUUGAGUUGUUACAAAUUGUACCUUAUUUAGGGGGUAGUGGAUGUUUCAUAAGGAAGAGUCUUUAUAAUUUUGUUUGUCAUAUAGUAUUUUGGAAUUUAUAUAAUGAGAAGGUUUUGGAGCCAUAUGUAUGGCUUAUUUUUAACAGAUAGAAUUUGUAUUUUUAUUGUACUUUAAAAAGCUUUAUGUAACAGGUAUAUAUUUAGUGGCCAUUUAUUAUCAAUGGUAACACAAUAGUACUAAAAUGAUAUUUGCAUAUUUAAGGUAUGUUAGUUUGCCAGUUUUUUAUGGUAAUCAACUCUGCUACUGGCAUGAUUAAAUAGUACAUAAUCAGUCAUCAAUUAUGAACAUUUACUUCACCAGUUCCUUUUUAUGAAGCUCUGGUUAAAAGCUGUAUUUCUAUGUAAACGCAAUGAUAUGUUUGAUUUUGCCGAGAAUAAAUCAUUUUAAAUA